GUUGUGCAGUCGGAGCGCGCGCACGGUCACAGGGACGCGGCGGGGAUGACAGCGCGCCUCUCGUUCUCUCAGUACCGCUUAGAGGCGGAGGUUGAGCGCUGCCGAGCCGAGUGUCAGUGGGAUAAAAUACCGGCUUUAGUGGAGCAGCUCGCUUUAGCCCGGAUACAUGAGGAUGAUGAUUACGGGACACUGCUGUUGGCAGAAGCUUUGUUAGAGGAGUGUCUGCUGGAGAACGUGACCCUGCUGAAGAAUUCAACGCCUCUGACGGAGCAAUCGCAGCCCAAGCUAGCCAAAGCCAAAGCUCACCUUGACAGCAUCCUCAACAAAGGGCGUCUGGAGCCGAGAUAUGUGAAUGAAGCUCUGCUCCUGUUGGUUAAGGUGCACUAUGUACAGGGUCGCUACAGGGAUGCUCAGGGCAUGUGUGCCAAAGCUGCGGUCGAUGAUUUUAUACGGCAGGAGCAGCCUCUCUACCAGCUGCGCAUGCUGGCUGAGGCAUUUGUCAUCAAAGGUUUGUCUUUGGACCAUCAGCGUUUGUCCGGUGCUUCCCGCAUUCGACUGUCUGAGAAAGAUGAAGAAUGCCUGGCCUGUUACCUCAUGGCCUGUGAUGCUGGCCUGUUGUACCUGCAAGAGCUGGACAAGACUGUAACCACGCCAAGCUCCAAAACACCUAAAAGUGGCUCAACUGCCCCUCCCUGCGAUGUGGACCCAGGUUUCUUUCUUCAAGCUGCCCUUCAGAGUGCAUACCUGUCUCUGCUGCACAAAGGUCACUUGGCUCAGGGGACACACCAGCUGCGGAGGGUCAUGAGGGUUGUUGAGAGUCGGGGCUCUCAAAGUUUUAGGAAGACAGUAGCAUGCAGACUUGCAGAAGUGUUGUUGACUUCAGUGAGUGAAGAUGCUUACUGGAGUCCCCUGACACCUCCACCACCAGACUGGCUGAACAGAGAGGGAAUCACACAGCCUAAAGAUGCCAUGUACCCCUCAUCCAGACCACCACAGAGCUACAGCACUGAAGGAAGUUUCUGUCCACAAGACGUUGUUGAAGAGGCGGUGCUUCUGCUCCUAAUCACAGAAUCUAUGGCCAGCGUUGAGGCAGUGAUCAGCCGAACACCAGAGCAUCGGGAGGAGAGAGAGAGCAGCAUUCAGGAUGCUACCUCUGUGUAUGACCUGCUAAGCAUUGGUAUGGCCAGAAGGGGGCAGUACUCCAUGCUAUCACAGUGUUUGGAGCGGGCCAUGAAGUUCUCCUAUAAUGAGUUUCAUCUUUGGUACCAGCUUGGCUUGUCUUUGAUGGCAAGCGGGAAGAAUGAAGGGGCUGUGUCUGUACUUAAAGAAUGCGCUUCAAUGAGACCACAGGACCCCACACCACCUCUGCUAGCGGCCAAAGUCUGCAUUAAUCAUCUGCACUGGCUGGAGGAGGCGAUGUCUCUUGUAGGACGUGUGGUUGGUUUAGGAGAAUGUGCCGGUGAAUCUCUUCCUCGAGCUCAUCUCGCCAUAGGCCUGUGUCGCAGUCUGCAGGCCUCCGAUGCCACUGUGAAAGCCGAUCGAGACGAAUUUAACAGAAGAGCACUACAGUCACUACGAAAAGCGCAGGCACUGGACCCUCAGGACCCUCAGAUAUCUUUCUACCUCUCUCUACAGCUCGCCCUGGUCCGACAGGUUUCAGAUGCGAUGGAGCCAUUGCAGUCGGCUCUGAAUAUUCAUAGUGAUGACCUCCACUCUCUACACCUGCUGGCUUUACUGCUCAGUGCACAGAAACACUACCAGCAUGCCCUGGACACACUUAAACUCGCUCUUAACCAAUACCCAGACGACUUUAAUCUCCUCUUCACCAAAGUAAAGCUGGAAGAGGCUUUAUUCGGUCCCGGAGUAGCUUUACAGACCUGUGCAGAGAUGCUGGAGCUGUGGCAGAGUCGCUUUGAAUUGAGCCGACCCAGCGAAGAAGAUGACAACAGUAGUACACCUCCAGAUCCAGGCCCAUUGAGCAAAAAACCCAGCGGCCUCCACCUCGCGCUGCCAGAUUUUCAGGAGACAGAGACUGGGUCUCAGAGCGCUCUGUCUUUAGCUGUGUCCCGUUUGGAGCAGGCCAUGUCUGAGGUGUCAAUCCAUAGCUCCAGCCACAGGCAGGGCCCCGCCUACAUUUGGACCACUCUGGAACGCAUCUGGCUGCAAUCAGGAGAGUUGUUCAUCGCAGACGGCAGAAGGAAGGAAGCUCAGUUUUGUGUGCAGGAGGCAGGAACUCUUUUCCCCACCUCACAUUCAGUGUUACUGCUGAAGGGACGACUGGCUGAGAUUAGGGGCAAUGACACGGAGGCCAAGACCCUUUAUGACGAAGCUCUCGCCAUCAACCCGAGAGGACAUCGCAUACUGCUGCACCUAGGGAAGUUGUUGGUACGCAAAGGUCGUGUGGAUCUCGGGGAGAAGAUGCUGAGGGACGCGAUACAAAUCCAGAACACAGCACACGAGGCCUGGAGCAGCCUGGGGGAGGCGCUGCAGAGAAGAGGUAGCCCACAGGCUCCCGACUGUUUCCUUACUGCACUGGAGCUGGAGUCCAGUUGUCCUAUUCGACCCUUUACCAUCAUACCACGAGAACUGUGAUUUACUUAUUACUUAUUCCAGUAAUAAGCUCCCUUUAACUCUUUCCCCACCACUAAUGAGUUAACUCGUCAAUUAAGAAAAAACGCUUCCCUGCCAAUGACGAGUUUUUCAGUUUUUCAGGCAAUCCAUAUUUCCACUAUUAUUCACCAGAAACCCCUUACAUCAAAAAGUUCAAACUCAAUGUUUUGAAUAUUUUGCUCAAAAUAUUGUAUUUUUUAAGAAACUUACCCAUAUUUGAGAGGUAAUAAAAAGAGAACAAAUAUAGGUGGGAUAGGACAUUUUUUUGUUUUUGUUUGAUAGUCUGUUCUUUCAUGUGAUAUAUUAUUUGUUUAUAUAUUUAAAGCAGAACAUUUUCUGAAAGGCAUUGAACUUUUAUGAAAAUCAUAAAAAAAUGCUGCCGUUGGCUGGCAACUUUUUAAGAGUUAAAGGAUUACUCCACUUUCAUUAAAAAAAACUUAUAAUUUACUCACCCCCAUACCAUCCAAGAUGUUGAGGUCUUUCUUUGUUCAGUCGAGAAGAAAUUACUUUUUUUUUUUUUUUUGAGAAAAACAUUCCAGGAUUUUUCUCUAUAUGGUGGACUUUAUUGGACCCCAACAGUGGCUCUUAACCAUUCCCAAUCAAGGCAUUAGGAUCUUAUUUAGGGAAUAAUUUUCGACAAAAAAAAAGUACUUUUGCCUUGUGCUGCACCAGCGUGACCUUGCGUAUUACAUAAUCACGUUGAAAGGUCACGCAUGAGGUUUGCGAAACUAUCACUACAGUGUUUACAAGUGUGGAGAAAGAAGACCUUACCGACGUUGUUGUAUGUGUAUACGAAUUAAAGUCUUUGUCAUUUUAUUGUUUAAAUUGGUCCACAAGUGUGCGUUUCAUAUAUGUAAUGCGUGACCUUUCUGUGUGAUUAUGUAAUACGUAAGGUCACGCUGGCGCAUUUCAAGACUAAUGCAAGACAAGAAGUUGUGGUUUAAAAGUGCUUUUUUGUCGAAAAUGACGAUUGUUUCACUACAUAAGACCCUUAUGCCUCGGUUGGGAUUUAGAUUUUUUUGAAGCUGCACUGAAACUGUAAACUGUUGAGGUCCACUAUAAACUCCUGGAAUGUUUUCCUCAAAAAACGUAAUUUUUCUUCUCGUCUGAACAAAGAAAGACAUCACCAUAUAUUGGAUGACAUGGGGGUGGGUAAAUUAUAAGAAUUUAAGUGGAAUAUUCAAUGAAAGUCUAAUCUUUUACUACUAUUUUACUAUUUAUGAAAUCAUCUCUGUUGCAUUUCAUUUUAUAUCAGCCCCAGUCCUGUAGUUCAGACAUUAACAGAUCUUAUGUAAUAUUUCCAUUGCUGUUGGUUAAACCCUCGCUCUUCUUUCUCUGGGGCGGCUGUAGUUGCUUAGCAGCCGGCUCUUGUUGGAGUUUCUGGGGAGGCUGUCGGAUCUUCAGCACGUGGGUCUAAAGCCUCACGGAAAACAGCACUGAUCUAUUUUAGCCGGUUCUGUUAGAUGCCGAAUCAAGAUGUUAAUGAAGGAUAGCCCAGCAUUGAGCUGCUUUUUAUGUAAGUGAUAUACAGUAAGUGGGAUUCUUGUUAACUUAAACUAUAUGUGCCCACAUGAUCUCCUGGCACAGAGAAACAAGUUUUUAUUGUCAUCCUCCCAUUCCUGUUAUUUCAAACUGGUCUUUCUGCUCUGUCUGUAUUCUUUCAGAUGAGAUGAAUGUUGCUUUGAACUACAGUCACGUGAUUUCAUAUGAAGUAUGAAAUAAAUUAUUUAAACAACUGGU